AUGGCAUACAGUGGACGCAUGAGUAUGGCGCCGCGAGGCUCGCAACAACCAGCGAGUCAGCCUCGAGCUCGCAAAGAGGACAAUGAGGACGCCUUCAUGACACUGCCCGACCGCGAGAUUGCGGGAUGUAUCAGCGACAUUGGCAUCCCCUUCACCAUCCAGGACCUUCAGAAGCCCAAUCCACAGCAGAUACAAAAGGUGUUUGAAUGGCUGGCCGAACUGUUGAUGAACACGACGCGCGAAGUCGUUGCGCCUGCCAUGAAGGCUGCGGCAGACGACUUGUGCGGCGACGACCCGGAUAGGAUCUUCACAGCCGACACACGCGAUCUUAUGGGUUUCUUCGUCACGCUGCGCCGCCUUCUUCUCGAAUGUGGUGUCAAGGACUUUACUUUCCAGGACCUUUACAAGCCGACCCACCCGCGCCUGGUCAAGAUCUUCUCCUAUGUCAUCAACUUCAUCCGAUUCCGCGAGUCGCAGACGUCGGUCAUCGAUGAGUACUUCAACAGCACAGAGCGCACAAAGGCUCAGAUCGAAGAGCUGUACAACAGCAACCAAGAGAAAGAAGAGAUGCUGCAGGAGAUGCAGCGCAACAGGAAGAAUGUCGAACAAGCCAUGCGUGACAAGGAAAAGAAGAACAGCGAACUCAAGGCCCGCCUCCUCGAGCUCAAAAAGGGUCAGGAAAAGGUGGCCGAGAAGCUGGACCGUGUCAAAUCGGAACAAAGCAGGCUCAAGCAGACACUAGAGGACAAGCAGACACAGGCUAUAAACGUUAGAAAGGAAGCCGACAAGCUACGUCCCUACACCCAGCAGAGCCCCGCAGCUCUCGAAAGCGCCCUCCGCGACCUGAACGCCAAUCUCACCGCCGACAAGUCCGAGAUUGAUCGUCUCGACCGUCGUACACGCGCGCUACAGACCAGCACCGAUACCUUUACCCUCCUCCACGGCGAUGUCGCAGGUCUCACGCGUCUCCUGGAGGAUCUGCAAAGCGAGCUGAAAAAAGAAGACGAAGAAGCCUCUCGCGCAAACAAACAUCGCGACGCCCUCUCGGAGCGCUCUAACAACGUGCGCGAGAUUGAGCGUCAAGAGCGCAUGCUCAGCAAACAACUCGCAAACAUCCAAGACCGUACAAAUACACUGCGACAAGGUGCGAGCACAAAGGCCGACGAAGCCAAGAGACGCAUGGAGUCGCUGAAGCAGACACACUCUGAAUUGGGAGAAGAACGACGUAAGAGAGGUGAAGAGGUGGAGAGAAGACGGAUUAGGAUUGAGCAGACGGAGAAGAAGAUGGCGGAUCUGAAGGAGAACAUUGACUCUGAAGUGCAGAGUGCAAAGGAGGAGUACUUGAAGAUGGAGUCGCACAUCAAGCUCUACAUUACAGAGAUGGAGCAGAGCUUGGUUUGA